AUGUCAUCUAAUACAUUCAGGUUGGCUGAAAGACUAACAUGUUUUCAAACUGCCGAGAAGAAUUCUUUCCCCCCAAUUGUAAAUGCGCAACAGGAAUUAAACACGAUCAUAGAUAAACUAAGUAUAUCACCAGAACAGCUUGACGUAGAUGGAAACGACGAAACUUUAGAAUCAUGUAUAGACAUUUGCUAUUCCUUUCAACAUUUAAAUUUAAAGCAACAGACUCAACUAAGUUAUUUAAUUAGCUCAUCUUUGGUUAAUUUAGCCCAAGAAAUACAGUUUAAUUUACAAAACAAUCUCGAAGAAAUAAGCGAUUUGGUACCAUACUGGAAAAUUCAUUUACAAGAAUAUGGGUUUUUAUCUUAUGUAGUUUUAACUUUUUUACAAAUACAGAUCAGUAAGAACGCAAGUGCCAACAGUGGUGCAAAAAGGUCUAGUUCUGAUGCAGACGAUUAUCAAUCUGUUUAUAAAAAUAGUUGUACCCAAGUUGAAGGAUUUCUAGAAUGUAUUAUUAAAUUAUUCAGAUUAAAUUUAUCACGUAUUUUCCAAGCUACACCUGAAAAGGAUCAGUUUUUGUCGUUAUUUUUGAGGCCCGUUUAUGUUAUUUUGGAAACUGAAACUUUUAUUAAAAAUUCUGCGUUGAAAUAUUUAACCUUGAAAAUGCUUUCGUUGGCUGUAAAGAAUCACCAACAAGCCUCAAGUGUUCAGAAUAUGAUUAUUAGCAAUUUAACUUAUUUUAUGCAUUUAAACAAUUUUAAUGCGGAAUUAUUACAAAUGCUAUCGAAUGAAUAUGACUAUCCCCAGUUGACUGAGGAAGUUUUAAAAACGAUUAGUAAUAAAGAAUUUAAUUCAAAGGAUACUACCGGGCCCAAAUCUAUUUCUAAUUUUUUAAUUAAAAUAAGUGAAUUAUUGCCUAGGAUUGUCUUAAAACAAAUGACAUUGGUAAUAAAAUUAUUAAAUAAUAGCUCCUUUACUUUGAGAUGUGCGGUGGUGGAAGCUUGCGGUAAUAUAAUUUGUAAUAUUUCCAAAAAUGACCAGGAUUCAGAACAUUAUAGAUUGCAAAUUGAGGUUUUGUUGGAACUUUUAGAGGAAAGAUUUGUUGAUACUAAUCCAUAUGUUAGGACUAAAGCUAUUCAAGGGUUGAUUAAAUUGUGUGCUUUGAAUAAUUCUAUAUUUAAUAAAAGUAGAGUGGAAUGGACCAAAUUGUCAGUGCGUUCUUUACAAGAUAAAUCUUCGUUGGUUCGUAGGAAUUCUAUAAAGUUGUUAUCCAAAUUAGUUUUAACGCAUCCUUUUAAAUCAUUGCACGGAAGUCAAUUAACUUUGGCUGUUUGGACCAAAAGACUAAAAGCAGCGCAAAAACAGCUAAAUUCUUAUCUAAAAAACCCACAAAAUUACAUGGACGGCAGCAACAACGCCGACAUUGUUGUUAGUAAUGAGGAAGGCGACAACACAGACCAAGAGGAAAGUAUUAUCGAUAAUGAUAGAAGCGAUGAAGAGCAAAGCAAAGUGUUAAAAAUGAAAUUGACAAUUCAGUACUAUAAAGAAGCCAUAGAAUUUAUUCAAAAUUUGCACCAAGGUAUUGAAUAUGGCUGUAAAUUAUUAUUAUCUAAGAACAAGAACGAAGUCUUGGAAGCUAUGGAUUUUUUCGUUUUAUGUGAUGCGUUUGACAUUGAAACAUCGAAUUUGGGGAUCAAAAAAAUGUUACAUUUAGUAUGGAUGAAAAAUUCUAAUGACGAGGGCCCUAAUAUUCCGUCCCAUUUAGUAUUGUGCUACAAACAAUUGUUUUUAACGCCCCCAGAACACUGCAAUUACAAAGAAAAAGCUUCUUAUAUUUCAAAAAAUUUGAUUAAUUUAACUAUUGGAGCAUCUGUUACAGAUUUGGUAUCUUUGGAAAAAUUAUUAGGGCUACUUUAUCAAGAAAAAUACAUUGACGGCAAUGUUAUAAAUGUGCUAUGGGCUAUAUAUAAUAGUGCGAAAAAAUAUAAUGAAAAUUCUUUAUACAUAGCUAAUAAUAAAUAUGCGGGUGACAACGACGAAAAUAAUAAUGUUAAUUUAUUUUCAAUUGAACAAAUACAUGGAUCUAUAAUAAUAUUAGGCAUGUUGGCAUUAGUGGAUAGCGAAAUACCAUUAAAAGGAUUAGAUUACUUGUUAAACGUUGGUUUAGGUGAAGUAGGAUUGCAUGAUUUAUGUUUAGCGAAAUACUCCUGCAUUGCUUUACAAAGAAUUGUUUCACCCACUGCGGAAUUUAUGAAUGUAGCUGUACCCAAAAAUUUGGAAAUAAUGACUAAAUUGAAGGAUACGGUUGUGGCUUAUACUGAAGAUCCAGAAUAUUUCCCCUUCGCAGAGCAGGCUAUUAACUGUUUAUUUACUAUUUUCCCCAAUCCUGAUGAAAUUGCCACUGAGAUUAUUAAAAUCAAGACAUACCAAACGUUUGGAGAAAUCCCUAUAGAAAAAAACAGUGAUUUUUCUAGGUUGGCUUCUUUGAGUCAAUUACUUUUUAUUGUUGGUGAAAUAGUUGUACACACUGUUAUUUAUUUGGAAAGAUGUGAAGCUGAAUUUAAAAAAAGGAAAAUAAAGCAGGAAAAUGAAAAGAAAAUUAGCGAUACUGAUCAUGUCGCCAAUAAUAAAUCAAAGACUUCCGGUAUUAAUAACCCUGGUGAUGAGCUCAAGGGAGAUAAAGAAUUAGAGAUGAUUGGUGGAACGAAUGAAGAUGACUUUACCGAUGCCAUUAAUUUUAUCAAGGAAAACGAAUUAUUAUUUGGUGAAGGAUCAAUUUUAGCUAAUUUUGGCCCAUUAGUAGAAGAGUUAGUUUCUGAUAAUACGGGAAGAUAUGGUAACGAAAUGUUACAAAGAACUGCAGUUUUAUGUUUGGAAAGAAUGAUGUGUUGCUCAUCAAAGUACUGUGAAAAAAAUUUACCACUUUUAAUCACAGUUAUGGAAAAAUCACCAGAUCCAAUAAUCAGAUCUAAUGCAGUUCUUGGGUUGGGUGAUAUGGCCGUUUGUUUUAAUAAUCUGGUUGAUGAGAAUACCGAUUUUCUUUAUAAAAGGUUACAUGAUGAAAACGUGAUGGUGCAACGAACUUGUUUAAUGACUAUUACUUUUUUGAUUUUAGCUGGCCAAGUCAAAGUUAAGGGCCAAUUGGGUCAAAUGGCAAAAUGCUUAGAAAAUUCAGAUCAAAGCAUAAGUGAUAUGUGCAGAUUAUUUUUCAUGGAAUUAGCCACAAAGGACAACGCCAUCUAUAAUGGAUUCAUUGAUAUAUUCAGUAAUUUAUCAAAUGAUGCCAGUCUAUCGCAAGACUCAUUUAAAAAGAUUUUGAAAUUUUUGCUUUCAUUUAUAGACAAGGAAAAGCAUCAAAAACAACUAAGUGCUAAAUUAUUGAAUCGAAUUAAAAGAGUACAAACUGAAAAAGAAUGGAAUGACAUUGCAUAUGUUUUGAGUCAGUUUCCUAACAAAACAGAAGAGGUUGAUGAAGUUUUACAACAAGGAUUUAAAAUUGUCAGUUCUAAGGAAUGA